GUUUGGCUAGAAACACACAUUUGGCAUGCAAAACGUUUUCACAUGGUCGAACGCUGGGGCUACCGUUUACCGCAAUCCAGCUGUGACAAAACUUACAGAGCAUGCUAUCGCGCUUCGGCGGAACACUGUUUGCUGCAGGAUAUGUCGUUCUAUGUAUGUAUUGAAUUGAAAGGAAAAUUGGCAGAUUUGCGCCAGGGAUUCACAAGGUUAACCAGCCCUAAAUGCGGACUUAGUAUCGCCGCAAAAACAUAUGCCACUGGUCGAAGAGAAGGCAGUAUAGAUUUAUUUAGAGAUAGUAAAUAUCCCGAGUAUGCUCUGGGACGUGUUUCUUUCAUGUGGCAGCCAACUGGUGAGGCGGUGAAUGAGGAAGAAAUACCACGUACGCUUUGGCUGUGGGUGCAUCCAAGCGCUUAUCCUGCUGUGCUGGAGGAAUUGAUAAAAGUGUUUGAACUUAUUUCCUUGAGUAGUAUCACAGUGCCUAUUGAACCUGAUAAACCGUUGACCAAAGAUGGCAAUGAGAUGCAAGUGAAAUCUACGAAGCCGCGAAAACCUAAUGAACAACGUCGCUUACAAUUCAUGACGAAAACUUUAGCUUUUGAGCGCAUUAAGCGAUAUGGAAAUACAAAAUUAUGCAUAGAACUAAACGAUCUGAAAGAUGUCAUGAAUCGCUUCCGUCUCACGGGUCACCUCGCCCAAAGUGUACUCAUACACACUUUCAAACCAAAAUGUUUCAAAGAAAACGCACAGCCUACUUGGUUGCACAAGAGGUUUAAAGAAAAUACUUCCUCAAAAGUAGUACAUGACAAACAAUCUGAAUUUUGGCAAAAUUGCGCUGAAUUAGGUUCACCUGGAGAAUUACUUUCAAACAUGAUACUAGCACUAAACAUCGAAGAUCCACGUUUAACUCGCCCGAAAAAACGUACAAAAGCACUACCAUUCCAGCUUUCAAGCAAAAGCCGUCUAGAGCUUUUACUAAAUAUGUCAGAUCAUUUAGCGCAAAGUGUUUUAUGGAACACGGAUGUGCGGGACGGGCUUUGCAAGAGCAUGAUAACACCCAGUGCGUAUAGUAAGCUGCGGGCUAAGCAUGCGGUAGUACCGGGGGCACGUUGUCAAUUCGAAGAUGAAAUGCAGGCUGUGCCAGUAAUAUUGAUACAACGUCCAGGUUCACAGCGCGAGCAGUAUAAACGUCUGGGUUAUGGCUGUGGCUGGGAUGUGAUCAUGCCAGCUGGCUAUGGUAUGCCCAUUUGGCUGUCCCUCAUCAUGUGGGGCGCCAAACCUGGCGGACUAAGGGAGUUCGAAACCAUUGCACGUGAGAUGGGUACAGAGGAGCAUUUGCCAGACACAGUUGCUGGUCGUGUGCUCGCUGCUACUCGUCAUCAAGAACUAAGUGCCAAAUAUUUCCGUAAACCGCCCAAUAAGCGUCACAAUUAUAAGAAAAUGGCGAUAGUGAGUCCAUUUCGUGCGCCAUUCACUGAACUCAUACGCGACUGGACAACUGAUCCUACACAGAUAUCAGAGUUAACAACAAAUACCUUUCAUAUACUACGUGAUCGCGCGUUGCUGCAACAGCUGUUGCUACACAUACAGGGGAAGAGCAAAAUAUUUCCAAUUGAAAUACCAAACAAUUGUCUGAUACAGUUGUACUUCCGAAUGAAAUCGCGUGGCAAUUUGGAAGACUUCUCGUUAAUUUGCCUACCCACACGCGGCGAUUUCAAACGCAAUCUUAGGCAGAUAAGGAUGGGAAAUCAUGAACCUGUCUUUACCGAACCACUAUUGCCAGAUUUGGCCGAGCGUGAACGCAAACGUUUGCGGCAGACUCACAAAAAGCUAUUGAAGCGUUUACGCGCAAAACGUGUGCGCGUAAAGCGCAAACAACAGGAGACAAGUAAAACCCGGGUGUAUAUUAGUCCUGCUAAUACAGCCACCCUUGUCGCUGAGCAACUUAAACGUAUGUGCAAGCUUUGGUUGCCGGAGGAUCACACUACACUGUACAGUGUGCGCAAGCAAUGCCAACGUGAAGUAUUCGGCUAUGCGACGACAGCUCAUUUCAGUUACACUGAGGCGACGGUGUGUGCGGUGGGCUAUGUCACACCGGCGGGCUUAAAGCAAUUGCUUGCGUUAUGUUGUCAGACAAAUGUACGUCAACCUAUGUGUCUACUACGCAAUCCCAAAAGUCGACAUUAUCGAUUUGCGUGCUUUAAAUUGCAUUUGGAUGUGUAAUUGAUAUAAUGCAGGCUAAGUUUAUGGUAUUAUUUUGUAAAUCCAUUUCUGUCUUUUAUUCAGUU